AUGGCUUUCAACCUUUCUCGACUCAAUCCGUUCCAAAAAUACCGCUCAAUAACAUCUUUUGGUGUGGAUUGGCCGCGAACAAUACGGCUUGUGUAUGCGUCUGUUGAACCAGUACGUGGUCACCCAGCAAGGUGCGACAAACCUUUGAGAGUUACUCUUCUGGCCAGUGAGUGGAAUUCAUCAAGGGAGGGUUUGUCCACCAUCAACAGACACCUUGCCAUCCUUAUGGCCAAACGUAGCGAAGUGAAAGUCACUCUCUUGGUCCCAAAAUUUGCUUGUUCUGAAGAAGAGAAGAGAGCUGCAGAAAUUGACAAGAUUGUCAUCAGAGAAGCAGAGAUACGUGAAGGCGUCGACCCUCUUGACUGGUUGAGCUCGCCUCCGGAAGACCUGAAAAUUGACGUGGUAAUGGGUCAUGGAGCCAAGUUAGGUGAGCAAGCCCAAAGCAUCAGGGCGUCCCAUAGUUGCCUAUGGGUACAAGUGGUGCAUACUGCGCAUGAAGAGGAGAAAAUUGCCAGAGGAAAAGAGAAGACUACAGCCGAGUUAGAUUUGUGUAAAUUGGCAAAUCUAGUUGUAGCUAUAGGACCCAAGUUGACGGAGGCCUAUGAGAAGCAGCAACGUAUCAUAACGUUAACUCCGGGAACAUUCAAGGAGUUUUCUACUAUAAAUCAUAGUGACUCUGGAAAUUUUACGGUGUUGACCUUUGGUCGUGGUGACCCUGAGGACUGCGGUCUUAAAGGGUAUGAUAUCGCCGCUAAAGCAGUAGUUGAACUGAGAGAGCAGUCCUACCAUUUAAUCUUUGUAAGUGCACCUGAUGACAAUCAGGAGGCAGUCAAAGAACGUCUGCUGCAGAGUGGUAUUUGUAAUCUUCAGCUGACAAUUUUAAAUUUCUCCUUGCUUUGCAAGGAGAAAUUAAAAGAUUGUUUCCGUGAAGUUGAUCUCUGUAUUAUGCCAUACCAGACGGAAGGGUUCGGCUUAACUGCGUUGACGGCCUUGUCAGCUGGUCUUCCCUUUCUUGUAAGUGGAAACUCGGGUUUUGGAGACGCACUGCGCACUGUACCAUUCGGCGCAUAUUUUGUGGUUGAUUCUGAGGACCCCAAAGUGUGGGCUGAGGCAAUUGAUGGCGUCAGCAAGAAGAAGAGAUCACUGCGUCUUAAAGAGAUUGAACAACUGAGGACAUCAUAUGAAGAACAGUUCAGCUGGGAGAAACAAUGUGACCUUCUUGUCGAUAGGAUGAAGGAUCUCGUUCAUUUGAGGGUAGCGCUUUCCAUAAAACGAAAUCUGAGGCUGCUUAAGCAAUCUCUCCAGCGGAUACUAUCCCAAUUGGUCAUCAACAACAACACCUUGACAGAGGAGUUAACGACGUCGGUAUUAGAUAUGGGCUUCAGAAUUUCUGACAAUAUAGGGUCAGGAAACUCUAUGUUCCAUGCCUUGUCAGAACAACUAGAAACCGUCAGAGGAAUCAAGAUCCAACAUGGCCAGUUGAGACAGUCUUUAGUUCAGUACCUCAGGAAAAACCCAAAAAUACCGGAUGGAACAGAUCUGUAUCAAUUUGUCGCUGGCUAUGAAACAUGGGCUGAUUACCUAACAGUCAUGAAACAAGAUGGCGCUUGGGGUGAUCACCUCAUUCUCUGGGCAGCAGCGAAUUGUUUUAAAACGUGCAUUCAUGUGGUCAACAAUCGAUGCAAUGAUGUAGUCAUUAGGCCAUGUGGUCCUUUUGACGAAAGCGAACCACUAGUACUGGGACAUGUUCAUGAGCAAUACUAUAUCAGUAUUCAACCCAUACAAGGGCUGCCUGAGCGAACCCUCCAGAAUCUUCAGCGUAUUCAACUCAGCGUGAGCACGGCGAACAACCACACUACCUUGACUGAGAAGUUCACGAAGAUUGCAUCAGAUAAGGGCUAUAGAAUUUCUGACAAUCAAGGGUCAGGAAACUGCAUGUUCCAUGCCUUGUCAGAACAACUAGAAACUGUCAAAGGAAAAAAAAACCAACAUGGGACGUUGAGACAGUCUUUGGUUCAGUACCUCAGGGAUAACUCAGAACUGCCGGAUGGAACAGAUCUUUUUCACUUUGUCGAUGGCCAUGAAACAUGGCCUGAUUACUUAACAUACAUGGAACAAGAUGGCUCUUGGGGUGAUCACCUCAUUCUCUAUGCAGCGGCAAAUCUUUUUAAAACGUGCAUUCAUGUGGUCAGCAGUCUAGACAAUGAUGUAGACAUCAGGCCACAUGGUCCUGUUGAUGAAAGCAAGCCACUAGUACUGGGACAUAUUCAUGAUUGGUUUUUAGAAAUUAUAGCGGAUUUACUUGAAGUGAUCUUUUACAGUUUGUUUGAGAAGAUGGCAACUGAAGAAAACGCUGAAAUAAAAUUUUUCGGCGCCUAUGGCUACAGACCAGGAAACAAUCAGGAAGAAAGAGAAGUACCAUUCGGCACAUCCUUUGUGGUUGACUCUGAGGACCCCAAAGUGUGGGCUGAGGCAAUUGAUGGUGUCCGAAAGAUGAAGAGAUUACCGCGUCUUCAAGGGACUGAACGACUCAGGACAUCAUAUGAAAUGCAGUUCAGCUGGGAGAAACAAUGUGACCUUCUCGUUGAUUUGAUGUGGAACAAAGUUCAUGGCGUAGGGGUGCUUGAGCGAACCCUCCAGAAUCUUCAGCGGAUGCAACUCUGCGCAAGCACGGUCAACGACAACACUACCUUGACAGAGAAGUUAGCGACGAUUGCAUCAGAUAAGGGCUUCAGAAUUUCUGACAAUCAAGGGUCAGGAAACUGCAUGUUCCAUGCUCUGUCAGAACAACUAGAAACCGUCAAAAGAAUCAAAAUCCAACAUGGCCAGUUGAGACAGUCUUUAGUUCAGUACCUCAUGGAAAACCCAAAGCUGCCGGAUGGAACAGAUCUUCGUCACUUUGUCCAUGAACAUGAAACAUGGGCUGAUUACCUAACAUACAUGGAGCAAGAUGGCGCUUGGGGUGAUCACCUCAUUCUCUGUGCAGCAGCAAAUUGCUUUAAAACGUGCAUUCAUGUGGUCAGCAGUAUACACAAUGAUGUAGACAUCAGGCCACAUGGUCCUGUUGGCAAAAGCAAGCCUCUAGUACUGGGACAUAUUCACGAGGUACACUAUGUCAGUCUUCAACCCUUACAAGGCUAAAGUAAAGUUUGACGGCGGCUAUGGCUACAAACUAGAAAGACCUUCACGAAGAAACAGAAGGCAAAAAGAAAAAAAUUCCAAUUUUUUUAGGAAUUUCUCUCACGAAACUCUAGUUUUAGCCGAAAAGAAAGCUUUAGACGAGAUAUAGCUUUUAGGAGGUCGUAAGGUUUUCGGUUUGGAUGAGCUUAAGUCACUGAAUAGCUAUCGAGUUUUCGUGGUUUGAUUG